AUGGGGCGUCCGUUCAAGCACUAUUUGAAGGGUCCCCGCAUCUACAGCUGCAGUAACUGCCGGAGCCAUGCGGCAGACCACGACGAAAUCAUCUCUAAGUCUUUCCAGGGCCGGCACGGUCGCGCAUACCUGUUCGCGAACGUCGUGAACGUGUCGGUGGGCCCGACGGAGGAUCGUAUGCUCAUUACCGGGUUACACACCGUCGCCGACAUCUACUGCUCCGAGUGCCACGAAGUCCUGGGGUGGAAGUACGAGCGCGCGUAUGAAGAGCCGCAGAAAUACAAGGAGGGGAAAUUCAUUUUGGAGAAAGCCAAAGUGAUGAAGGAAAACUGGUGA